UGUGCCCUGAGCCCUCACUGCACUUAGCUGGACCCCAGGAGGUGAAGAGUUGGUUCUGGGGCCCAGGAAGGGCAAAGGAGGGAGACGAAGCCAGCCUCUCUGCUCCCACUCCUCUCAACAAGUGCUCUAAGAGUCUCCGUCCCCUCUCCUGCACUCAGUAUUGCUGGGAAAGAAAAACCUAACUUUUCCCAGAUGAAGAGAACUCACCUGUUUGUAGUGGGGGUCUACCUGCUGUCCGCCUGCAGGGCAGAAGAAGGGCUGAACUUCCCCACCUAUGACGGCAAGGACCGCGUGGUAAGUCUUACUGAGAAGAACUUCAAGCAGGUUUUGAAGAAAUACGACUUGCUCUGCCUCUACUACCAUGAGCCUGUGUCUUCAGAUAAAGUCACCCAGAAACAGUUCCAGUUGAAAGAGAUUGUGCUUGAGCUUGUGGCCCAGGUCCUGGAACAUAAAGCUAUAGGCUUUGUGAUGGUGGAUGCCAAGAAAGAAGCCAAGCUUGCCAAGAAACUGGGUUUUGAUGAAGAAGGAAGCUUGUAUAUUCUCAAGGGUGAUCGCACAAUUGAGUUUGAUGGCGAGUUUGCAGCUGAUGUCUUGGUGGAGUUUCUCUUGGACCUAAUUGAAGAUCCUGUGGAGAUCAUCAACAGCAAACUGGAAGUCCAAGCCUUUGAACGCAUUGAGGACCAGAUCAAACUCAUUGGGUUUUUCAAGAGUCAGGACUCAGAAUAUUAUAAGGCUUUUGAAGAGGCAGCUGAACACUUCCAGCCUUACAUCAAAUUUUUUGCUACCUUCGACAAAGGGGUUGCAAAGAAAUUGUCCUUGAAGAUGAAUGAGGUUGACUUCUAUGAGCCAUUUAUGGAUGAGCCCGUUGCCAUCCCCAACAAACCCUACACAGAAGAGGAGCUCGUGGAGUUUGUGAAGGAGCACCAAAGACCCACUCUACGUCGCCUGCGCCCAGAAGAUAUGUUUGAAACAUGGGAAGAUGAUUUGAAUGGGAUCCACAUUGUGGCCUUUGCAGAGAGGAGUGACCCAGAUGGCUAUGAGUUCCUGGAGAUCCUGAAACAGGUUGCCCGGGACAAUACUAACAACCCUGACCUGAGCAUCGUAUGGAUCGACCCCGAUGACUUUCCUCUGCUUGUUGCCUAUUGGGAAAAGACUUUCAAGAUUGACCUAUUCAAGCCACAGAUUGGGGUGGUGAACGUGACAGAUGCUGACAGUGUCUGGAUGGACAUUCCAGAUGAUGAUGACCUGCCCACAGCUGAGGAGCUGGAAGAUUGGAUUGAGGAUGUGCUUUCUGGAAAGAUAAACACUGAAGAUGAUGACAAUGAAGAUGAAGAUGAUGAAGAUGAUGAUGAUGACAAUGAUGAUGAUGAUGAUAAUUCUGAUGAAGAAGAUAAUGAUGACAGUGACGAUGAUGAUGAAUAGCCCCAACUCCAAAUGAUUUUGUUGAAAACAAAAUCACAGCUACCCACUACCUUACAGACAGCACAAGGUGGCAGCAGGCAGCCCUGGCCCACGCCCAGCCAGCUCCUUUCCCUUUUCCAACCUCUCUUUUCCUGCUCCCUUCUCAUCAGGAGAUGUGCAAUUCAGCAAAUGCCUUUCUAAAUCCAGCAAUUCCACUCAGCAAAGACAAGUGGGGAAUUAUUCCCAUGUUGACUGUCUUGAUUGUCAUGGAAAAGCUCUUGUUCUUUGCCAGACCAUCAGCGGUCAUGGCAGUGCCAGAAUCUGGCAGACUGGGGAGAAUAAGCCCCUAACACCUCUACUCAAGUUUACUUGUUGUCCUUGGCUAUGACAGUAACAGAACUGACAGCUUGCUAACUCACUAGCAUAGAGUGACCUUAUAAUCAGAGCCCAGGGAAGACACAAUCCAUCAAUCCAUUUAGCUGCCAGGCCUAGAACAUCAGUUAGGAUCCCUCCUCAAAACAAGAGAAUCCAUUUUAGGGAAGUCUCAGCUUUGGAAAGAAGUUUAUAAAUCAGCUUCUCUUGGCUCUAUUAAAUGUAUUAUUUUAAGCGUAGGUCAGACUAUUAUGAACUCAGAUCUAAGCUUUGGAUGGCUACUGAGAGGCCUUGAAACACAGGUGUACAGAUGUCACCACCAUUUCUAUUAUAUUAGGAUACUGGGAUAGGAGGUUGAUUUGCUCUCUGAACUUCCCUCUUGGUGACAAGUCUCGCAUAUACACAUGGGGGUGGAGGGAACUGGAAGGAUUAAAGGUUUUUAAUUAUUUCUGAUGGCUUCAUGUCUCUGAUUGGAUCAGCUGGUGUCCUGGCCUGAGCCAGGAUCUGGAUACCCCUUCUCUGUCGCUGCUAGUGAGCCUUCCCAUUUGGAGAAAAGGUUGGUUUAUGCAGAGGUCGGUUAACUCUCCAUUCAUCAGCACUCCCACAGUUGAGCAGGACAACAGUAGUUAGUGUUCAAAAUGAUGCCGGAGGCACUGAAAAAAAUCCCCAAGUGCCUUCCAAAUGAUCUAAAAGUUAUAUUGUGCUCAGUAGUUUUAGCAUUAAGUGUGCAUUAUAAUGUUCUAAUUUAUUUUCUCAAUCUUUUAACACAUGUUUAAGACAUUGCAAAUUCUUUGAAAAUAGGGCAAUCCUUUUAUGGAACAGUAGCUAACUCUGUCAUUAAAGUCAUAGUUUGAAAAUA